AGGAAUCUAAAAACUGUCGAUGUUUCCAAAAUCUAAUUGAUUUCAGCUCUUACCGCCGGACGAACCCGAGUUCCAUUUACAACACAGGGCUCUUUUGCUUUUGUCUCCAAUUCGGCCCGAUUCGGCCCAAUUCUACAGAAGUUGUACCAAUCAUUACAAAACCCUAACCCCUUCAACAUAGCCGCUCUUUCCUUUACUCUGCGGCCGAGCUUUGCCUCCUCGAAACUGCAACAAUGGCGUCAGAGAAGAAGCUAUCGAACCCAAUGAGAGAAAUAAAAGUGCAGAAACUCGUACUCAACAUCUCCGUCGGCGAAAGCGGCGAUCGUCUUACACGUGCCGCCAAGGUGCUCGAGCAACUCAGUGGUCAAACCCCAGUCUUUUCUAAGGCUAGAUAUACUGUUAGAUCUUUUGGCAUUAGGCGUAAUGAAAAGAUUGCUUGCUAUGUGACUGUGAGGGGAGACAAGGCAAUGCAGCUGCUUGAGAGUGGGUUGAAAGUGAAGGAAUACGAGCUCUUGAGGAGGAACUUUAGCGACACUGGUUGCUUUGGCUUUGGUAUCCAGGAGCAUAUUGAUCUUGGCAUUAAGUAUGAUCCUUCAACUGGCAUUUAUGGUAUGGACUUCUACGUCGUUUUGGAGCGCCCAGGCUACCGCGUUGGUCGCCGCCGAAGAUGCAAGUCGCGUGUUGGAAUUCAACACAGGGUUACGAAGGAUGAUGCAAUGAAAUGGUUUCAGGUGAAAUAUGAAGGUGUUAUCCUCAACAAGGCCCAAAAUAUUGGAUCUUAGAUCUUGUUUGGUUAUAAUUAAGUUAUGCAAGUUUAAUGUGUAGGGGAAUUUCCUUUUCUGCUGUUGGAAUUAUAGCUUCCCUUCAUGUGAAUUUUGAAAGGAUAGAAGUUGGACCUCUAUUUUGUUAUUUUGAUUUUCUAGUGUGGUUCUUUAUAAAUCCUGGGGAGCAGUUAUGCAAAA